AUGAAGACAGGGCAAAGCUGUGUGGAGACACCGGCGCCUCUCCGGGGGGUCAAAGAUCUGCUCCGUAAACCGGCGCGCGGAGAGGAGGAUGCCCCGGGGAAGCAAGACGAAAGCAAUUACGUUGAUUUGGGGAUAGUUGAUGUGAGCACGAGCGGAGUAAACCCGGAGAAAGGCUGUCCCUUUGGUGAAAGAAACCAAAUGUCUGUCCUCAUUAGCAACAGCGGCGCCGGAAAUCUGCGCCCAACGGAACCAAACCAUGAGCCGGCGAUUAAAAGCAACAUGGAAGCUGAGAAGAAAGAGGAGCCAAGAGAUGUGAAAUGUACAGAGGUUGUCAAGGAGGGUCCCUCUGAUCCCUCCUCAUCAGAUCUUAACGCAAAAUCAGAGGAUUGCCCCAAAGCGGGAGACAAAAGCGAGCGCGCCAUGACGCGCGCCGAGGUGUCCAAAGAAGAAAACGCACCAAGAGAAGAUGAAUUACACUGCAGUGAUAAUUAUCUGAGCGGGAGAAGUGAGUCGGAUAAUUAUGAGGAUGAUGAUGAUGAUGUUAGUUUGGUGCUUUCCGACGACUGCAUCCCGUGCGUAACGGAGGACGAGUCCCAUUACAUUACCACGCACGAGAUCCAGAUCUCGGAGCUGUCGGAUCACGGGGAGGACUACGACCUUGGGGUGGGCUCCUCCACCAGCUGGGACAUUGAGGAUGACAACAGGGUUUAUUCAUUUGUCGAUUACGCGUCUUUUGACGCUGAUGGAGCGGUGGGGCAGAGGGGGGGCGGCGGCCGCGAGCCUCGCGCGCAGGGCGCAGCAGCAGUCAGCACUCUGCUUGAAAGUGAUCUGUGCGAUGCGGCCAAGUUCACCAGCUCAGAUGAGAGUGUGUCAAAGCCCCAGCAGCAACAGCAGCAGCAGCAGCGCAGUGGCAACAGUGGGGGACAGAUCCACCUGUCAAUCAGAACCACUUCUCGAGCUAUAAAUGACCCUGGCAGCAUCCAAGAACAGGGGAAUAUCCUUUAUCAUGCCAGGCGCUCCGGGGACAUGAGCCGCUAUGUGUUUAGGGGAGUUGAUGGGAAGGCAGAGACGUUGUGUGACAGGGCGAAGUGUUUCAUAGCUGCGCCCGGACGCUUACACUUUGGCCACAAAUUGAGGGGAAAAGAGGUCACCGAGUAUUCCAGCGGUGCGUCCAGCGCUGUCAGCGACCUGGACGACGCUGACAAGGAGGUGCGCAACCUGACAGCCAAAGCAUUCAAGAGUUUGGCUUAUCCUUAUUUUGAUGCAAUUAAUUUCAGCACCUCCAGUGAGUCCUCUGCGUCAGAGCAUGGAAAGGGGAUCAACAGGUGGUCCACGUUUGUCGACCUGAAAUAUGGCAACAUGAAUGUGUCCCAGGGACUGGACCAAAGUGUCGUCUCACACCAAAACUCAUUUGCCAAAAAUAUAGACAAUAGAGGUUAUAAAGGAAUUGCACUGGCAAGCAUCAAACCGCCCACCAGCAAGAUCUUCACUCUGAACGGCACCCCCCACAGCGCACAGCAAAUAGAGCUGAUGGGGAAAUUCAGUCAGGGCCACAGCGGUGUGAUCCGACUCACAGAGACACUGAAUUUUCGUUGCAAUGUCAAAUCAGGAAUGUCUGGGGGAGAAAGGCACACUAACUUUGCACAAAACGCGGCAGGAUCACGUUCCACAGAUGAGGUUACCGACAGUUUGCCAGGCGCCCAGAGGAGUGGGGCCAGCAAGCUGCCCUGCAAAACCAUGGAAGACACACACAAGAAAGCCAUAUUCGCCUCGAGCCUCAUCAAAAAUGUCAUUUCGAAGAAGAUGCAGUUCGAGCAGGAGCGCAAGAUGGAAAGAGGGGAGAUAAGUGAGCCGCCUUCCCUGUGCGCCGCGCACCAGGACAGCGACAGCCACAGGGAGAAGGGCAUCAAGCAGGUGCAGAGACAGAGCUCCAAGUUUUCUGAGAGCAGCUCUGACUUCGUUAUAAUGUGCGUGGAUGAAUUAGGGGACAUCGUGGACAGCGGCUCAUGUGAUAGCAAGAGCGAUUUACGGAGACAAGACGCAGCCGCUCCCGCACCAGGAACUAAUUUGGAACCUGCGAUUGAAGCUGGAAUCGAUACUAAAAAAGGCGCAUUGGAAGCGUCUAAAAGCACACUGCUUCGGAGCCAAAAUAGCGCGUUCAGAUGCUGGAAGGACGAGGAGCUAGAGUUUCAAAAGGAUCAUAAAAACGAUAAAACUCCAGAGAAGUCGCCUUCAGCUAACGACAAAGAGGGAGAGGGGGAUCAGCAGUCAGCGGGCAGCGGCAAACCCACUAAAAUGUCACAUUUGUUUGUGCCAAGUAUCCAACUGCUGCCCAGUGACGGCGAAGCCGGAGAGCAGCUGCAGAAGAGCAAUUAUUCUGCACAUGGCGACGGAGGAGGGAUUCAACUGCGCUCUGACACCUUAUACAUUGCAGACUCCAGGAGCGUGGCUACAUCCAAAUCUCCGGAAAUUAAAAUCAAUUUAAGGAACGCGAGAGACAAUAAGACGGAGCCUUUUGGCGUCUCCAAGCUGCGCGCUCCUAAUAUAGGCUGUAACGCAGCCGUCCGAACAGAUGACUUCAAAUGCCAGGCGCUGGCUGCAGCUCUGAAGGGUGAGUCGUCAGACAAAGUGCCGCAUUUCAUGGUUAGAGAUAUCAGAGAUAAUAAAGGAAAGCUGCAGACGCCCAUACACCAAGUAAGAGACGUGCGUAAAUUGGUGAAAAGUUCCUAUCACUUUGUUUCUCUGGAUAACAACGAAAAUAAAUCCAACUUUUUAUCCGCUGACAGCCACUCAGAGCAAAAGAAGCAAAUGUCCCAUAGAAAUCCUCAUUCUGUGUCACCUAUAGUGAUCAAAUGUCAGUCUGUGAAUACAAACAGUAACGGAAAGCAAGCUGGGAAUCUCACUGAGUUAACUAAAAGGGAAUCGUUUGAAGUGGACAGAUCGUCUCCAGAGGGCGCUAAAAGUGCUCCAGUGCAAAAGGCAGCAGGGAGAGCACCCAACUCAAAUAACUCAGAUGGAGACAUUGGGUUGAGAUCUGAAAGCAGAGCAGCUUCGAAAAAGCAGGAGAAAAUAUUAGAAAUCACAGAUAAGAAAGCAGAGUCGAAGAUGACGAACCAAGGGGCGCUGGAGAAACUGCAGGCGGCUGUGAAAACCAUGGAGCAGCUGUACACGUUUGAAAGGAAUGAAUGGAAAAGGAGGGAUGAGCCGCAGCUCCUGACAGACAGCCAUGUGCUUUCACUGAUAGCCAGCGAGGAGCACGGAGGACCUGAGGAGGACAGAGUGAGAGGGUCCAACCUGGACAAGACAGGCAGAAGAGACUCCUAUCCCAACAAUGACAAGACGCCACCAGCAGUAGUGGCGUCCCCUGGCACUGACAACCUACUGAGGCGAGAGGACAGAGAGCCCACUGUGGGCUUACAGACUGCUGGCAGCCAUGAUGACAGGCUGGUUACUCGGUCAAUGUCAACCACCAGUACCACAGGGAGCAAAAACAUGUCCUGCCUCAGCUCCAACCUGAAGGCCACCACAACGGCAAAGAUGCCCCAACCAAAUGUCACCUCACAGCCACCUUUCAGCACCAAGAACUUUGUCCCAAAGUCCCCCAAACUGCCCGUGUCCUUAAAAAUCAGCCAGGCGAAGCUAAGUGGAAAUGAAGGAGCUGAAUUAAAGGAGGUAGAAAGGGCCACGCAUGAGCACCUGAGCGCCUCAGCUGACAAUGAGAACUACCUAACCAUUCCGGUAAAGUCUCAUGCCAGCAGCAACAAACAAGCCUCAUCUGCCGAGAAAAAAUCUGUGUACACAUUUAACACCCCAACACAACCAACCGCCCCUUCUGCACACUUGUCGUCCAGCGCCAGAAGCUUGGAAGACCACAACCAGUCUCCAAAACGCUCCAGUAUUGUAAUGGAAACCCGCUCACCAGAGAUCCCUUCUGCCACCAUUUACCACUCAUUGCCAUUGGGCAUGACCGCCAAUCAGCCUCAGGUGUACUGCUUCUCGCCGGCAAUCACCCCUGCUCCCACCCUGGACCCCUUCCAGGCCACCCAGAGGAAGAUGCUGCUGGAUCCCACCACUGGAAACUACUACCUGGUGGACACUCCCAUGCAGCCAGCCACCAAGCGCCUCUUUGACCCCGAAACAGGCCAGUACGUGGACGUGCCCAUGCCGCAACCUCCUGUGACCCCGGUGCCCAUGCCGAUCUCACCUUUGGCUCUCAGUCCAGGAGCAUAUGGACACACCUACAUGAUCUACCCAGGCUUCAUGCCGACACCGUCCGUGAUCCCGGCCCGGACGCUGGUGCAGUCGCAGAUGUCAGUGCAGGCGGAGGCGGAGAGCAGAGAGAAAGCCUUGUCGCAGCAGGCGGAGAGCAUGUACAUGGAGAGUCCCUUCUACAUGGCCACUGGAAAGUCUCCGCAGGCGGCCUCCGGCGCUCAACCGCAGGUCGCUGCAAACAGGCCGCUGCAGGGCUUCUCUGGCAUCAAGCAGCCGGUCAUCAGCAUCACCUCCCAGCAGGGGCCCCGGAUCAUCGCUCCGCCCUCAUUUGAUGGGACCACCAUGAGCUUUGUGGUGGAGCACAGAUGAAGGGCAGCUUACCCGGACAGGGCUGAGCUCUGAGUGGAUGCUGGGCUACUCUGGGUUUCUUCAUUCUGCUACAUUUGUUUUAUUACAUUGGCUGGAGAGGAUGGAUCUGGGGCUCUUCUAUAAAGGGCUCACUGACAUCCUGUUCCACCUUUUCUAACGUGUACGAGAUGUGUAUUUCUUGUUUUAAACACUUAGUUGUAUUAAGAUUCACUUAAUUUGAUAAUAAUUCAAUCUAAUUUCCUUGGUGUCAACAUUA